GCUCGCGUCUUCGGAUGCACGUGUAGAGAUAUAGAUAUUUCUAUAUCGACGAAAAAACCCCGGACACACGGGACUUCGAUUGUAUAUAUUCACGUUCCGCGUACAGACCGCUUUACAUAAUACGAAAAUUUUUUUACUUCCCUUUUUUAUCUCGUUCGAACAUGCCGUUUGUUAAACGCGGCGUAUAGGUGUGUCGUUUGCAAACAUAUAUAUUUAACGAUUACGAAAAAUUAUUAUUCCUCGUGCCCGUUCGUUCCCCCGAAAAAAAAUGCCCGAACCGGAAAUGAAACGACACUACUGACGCUUGGUGUACGUUUAAAAAAUUACAGAAAACGUCAUUGUACAUGUAUAUUGGGGGUACCCCAAAUACAAUUGAAUACAUUGAUCUGGAUUUUACAUUGUGGCUGACAUGGCUCUUAAUGCCACUUCUAAUAACAUUUCUGCUACCGCUUGUAAUCGCGUUGCUGUUGUACUCAACUUCCCUAAUAUUAUAUGUCUACAAGCUACACAGAGUCAGAUUAAGAAACGCUUAUGGCACUCCCUGGCAAAAUGCAGCACGUUACGCAGUUGCAGCUAUCUGGGAUGCACACGGUUGGAUUUGGCAUGGAUAUGAGGUUGUGGGUUUGGAAAAUAUUCCACAGGACAAGCCAGUUUUAUUUAUAUAUUAUCACGGUGCUAUUCCAAUUGACUUAUACUACUUCAUAUCCAAAGUAUUCCUGUUCAAUUCGAAGCUAAUCCAUACCGUAGCCGAUCGAUUUCUCUUUAAGUUACCUGGAUGGUCCAUCAUCUCGGAUGUUUUGAAAGUAAUACCUGGCACAGUUCAAACAUGUUCCGCUAUUUUAAAAGAGGGAAACAUGCUUGCUAUUUCCCCGGGCGGAGUUUACGAGGCUCAAUUCGGGGACUCGUACUACAAACUCAUGUGGCAGAAAAGAAUGGGAUUUGCGAAAGUUGCUCUGGACGCCAAAGUGAGCAUAGUUCCUUUAUUUACUAAAAAUAUCAGAGAAGCAUUUAGAACCGUAAGCUGGGGAAGAAGGCUGUGGCUGAGGAUGUAUGCCAAGACAAAAUUUCCCUUUGCACCUAUCUACGGUGGCUUUCCGGUAAAAUUGGUUACAUAUGUGGGUGAACCUAUUCCAUAUGACGGGACUCUCACACCGGAAGAGUUGCAACAAAAGGUUGCUGAUUCACUUAGAGAUUUAAUAGAACAACAUCAGAGAAUACCCGGUAACAUAACAUGGGGUUUGAUGGAUAGAAUAUACAAUACAAAGAGAUAGACGUAGCUUAAUAUAAUAAUCCUCUUUUGCAAUGUACUUAAUACUUAAUGAGUCUACAAACUUCUCAGUAUACGGGUUAGAAAGUA